UCGUAAUCGGGCGACCACCACUAAUCUAUCGUUCGACUACCACCAAUUCAUUCAUUACUUUCUAUUUGUUGUAAAUAUUUAUAAAAAUGAAAUAAUUUCGCGUAAAACCAAUCAAAAAUAGUCCAAAAUGAGGCAUUAAAGUGUAAAUAAUGUUCCGUGCAUGUAGGUGAACAGCAAACAAACCACUAUUGCGUAUUUUCCACCUGUCAAGUGCGCGCACAAGGACGGGGCCGUGCUGUCGUCGACAUCGUCUUUUCGCUAUAAUUUCCCAGUGCCAAAAAAAGCCAGUUAAAAAGUUAGUGGUGUUACGCGCGCUAAACGGCAAUACCUGGUUGAAGAAUCUUUCAGCACACAAAAACGCCAAGACGAUGACGAAGUGGACUAUAAAAAUUCAGCAGCUAUAAAAUCUAUUUGUAUAUUUAUGUAUGGGAACGAGAAUACUCACACAAAGCUCGGACAAAGCACAAACUGCAAGAUAACAACAAUACAUGCCAAACUACUACACUUAUCGCAACUACGCCGCCAAAGCUCAACGGAAUAGCCGAACGGAACGAACCCAAAAUGAGUUGGCUUCGUACGAGUCCAUUGCGUCAAAGUCUGACGCGCAACAGUGGCAGCUCUGGCAACGGCAGCUCUGGCACUGCAACAACGAUGCGUCAACGACCGAUAGACGCAGCCACAGACUGUGAUCCACGCGCCUGCUAUGAUAGUUUCUGCAAGCACUGGCAGCAGGCGCAUGAAAUUAUUCAGCAUCCGGGAACGCCCACGCAUGAUGAUGUGCUGGGCGUGGUCUCGCAUUUAGAUUAUAUGGUAACGCUGCUGCUGGUUGAACUGCAUCAUUGCAACAAGGUUUCACUACCCUCGGCCGACUCUGCGCCACCUGCAGCGCCCUGCUUGGAGUAUUUGCUCAGCGAGAAUCUGCUGGACAAGCUGUACGAAUGGGCCAGCACAACGGGUCGCUAUGCGAACGCUGUGCGCCUGGAGCAGCUGAAACUGUAUGAGCUGCUGGUGAGCCACUCGCGCCAUCAGCUGUUGUGUCACGAGCCAUUUCUGCGGCCGCUGCUCAAGAUACUCGCUUCCAGCCAAGGCGAAAUCUUUCCGCCUGACCUAGAGAAACGUUUGGUCAUACUGCUGAAUCAGUUGUGCGUCGUCCUCAUGCAGAAUGUCCAUCUGCUCGAUCUAUUCUUCUUUUCGGCCCAAACCCAAGUGCAGGAGCAAAUACAAAAUGGAAGUUUGCCUCCGCCCAAAAGUGGAACAACAACAAAUUUCAUCAUAUUUUCGCUGCUCAUACCCUACGUGCACCGGGAGGGCAGCUUGGGUCAUCAGGCGCGAGAUGCUCUGCUGCUCUGCAUGGCCCUAUCGCAGAAGAAUUCCAACAUUGGCCACUAUAUAGCACAAUACUCGUCCAUUUGCCCACUGCUUGUCACCGGCCUUGGUGGACUCUACUCUCGCCUUCCGAACAGCAUUGAGAUCAAUUCCAUUGACUGGCAUCGCAUUACGCCCGACGAUGUAACCGAAAUACCAGAGCUAACGCUCUUCAUGAAUGCCCUCGAGUUCUGCAAUGCAGUGGUGCAGGUGGCGCACGAGAUGAUUAAGCAACAGUUGCUGGACUUCAUGUACCAAGGCUUCAUUGUACCGGUGCUGGGCCCAGCUAUACUGCAGACACUGAAGGGCAAACAUUUUCAGACGAACAUCGACUCACAAAUCUCGGCCAUGUCCUAUCUCGAUUUGAUAUUACGCUCCAUUACGGAGCCCGGCCUUAUGCGUGCCUUUGUCAAAUUUCUGUUGGAUACAGAGAAAUUUGAUGGUGAACGGAUUUUGGAUGCUCUUGUGGAGCGCCUCCAUUCGCCCGAUGCCAAUUUGUGUAUGGUUACAAUGGCUCUAUUUGACACUUUGUUGGGCUUGCACUGCGAGGAUUUGAUGCUGGAGCUGUUGCUGAAGUAUAUGCUGCCGGGCAAACAUGUGCCCAUCUCGCAUCGUCACAAGAUCAACAAGAUCGAUCCUUAUCUGAACACGACCGAGUUCUUUUUGGAGCUAACGCCCGAUGUGAUGAAGCGCGCCCGCGACUUGGCGAGGCCAAAGAGUGUUCAGGAGCCGAUAGAACCAGCAACGACAACGGCUACGGCACCAUCACCUGCCUUGCUUCUCAGUUUGCCCUCGCCAGUCAUGAGCAAGACUAUUGGGGCCAACUGGAACUACUAUGGACACUACACGGGCGACAGCCUGUAUGCCAACGUGCAGGCUUACCUGUUUGAGGCACAUUCGCGGAUCGCUCAGUGUCAGCGCGACUGUGGGAAAUGGGCGAACAGCUAUCGUUAUCAAAAAUGGCCAAGACAGGGUCAAGCACGCGCCACCGCCCAUGCUCUGGAACUGGCUAAGCAGUUCUUCAGCGAAUUCGGCACAGCAGCUCCGGUGGUUGCGGCGCCCGUGGCCAGUGAAGCGGGUGAAAAGCAGCUAGAUAGCCUCCAAUCGAUAGGUGAAUCAAGUGGCUAUGAGUCGUUCAAGUGGCGACCUGCCGAUGAGGAUGCCGAGGGCAUUGAUGUGACGACGACAACAACGGCGUCUGCAAGUGACACGGAUCUGGAUCAUAACAACAGCAGCAGCAUCAGCAGUGGACGACGCGACUCAUGGCGCAUAUCGCACAGCAGUCGCAACGAGAUAUUGCUCACCGAUUUGGAUUUCUCGGAGGAUUUGUUUGCGCAGGGCACCGUAAGCUUAGGUCCCUUUCUGAAUGCCAUUUGGGGCAAACUGCAAACCUUUACGAGCAACUCGUUGUACGUCAACCUGCAUUUAACUGGGCUAAUCACACGACUCGCCUGGUAUCCACUGCCGCUCAUCCAUUCGCUGUUACUCCGCUCCGACAUUGCCAUCACCUCGGAUACGCCAUCGUUCCAUCAGGUGUUGCGCAUGCUCAAACAGCAAAUCGAUGCUGAGCUACCGGUCGCCGAGAACUCGCUUGAGAUUAUCGAUGUGGCACGUUCGUAUCUGAUUGAUCGCGAGUUCCGCUUGGUCAAUGUCCGCAAGAUAAGUGAGAAUUCACCACUGCACCAGCAGCAACAGCCGCAUCAGCAACAUAAUCAGCAGCUACAGCAAGCCAACAAUCACACACAGCAGCUACAACAGGCCCAACAUCGUUCCACCUAUGCGACGCUAUCGGCAACAACACCUGUGCAGGCAUCGCCCACCAGUGCCUAUGAUCCGUUUAGACGCAGCGAUAACAAACGACGCAGCAUAAGCAAGUCCAUAACCAGCAUGUUUAGCCGCAGAUCAACAUCGUCCACGCCGGCGACCAAUGGAAAUUCAGCUUCAUCUGGCUUAUCACAAAUUUACGCAUUCUUCACCGGCGCAGCAUCCACGCUGGUGGGUGGCAACAGUGGGGAGGUGAGUGGUGCACGCGGCGGUGCGCAGGAUAGCUCGCGAGGCAACACUUGUGAGACGAGUCUGAGCACCGCACCACGACAGGAGGCACAAACGAAUGUGGGUAGCAGCAGCAAUAGCUCGAUUGGUGGCUCUACUCAAACCUUAUCUGGGACACACUCGUCCAGUACGCUGCAUGGCGUGGAGAGUGGUGUACAAACGGCCAGCUUUAACUCGGAGCCAGUAUCGCUCGAUUCGGUGGCCUCAAUGGGCAUCAUAGCGAACACCAGCGGAACAGAGCGAUCACGUGAUUUGGCCUUGUGCGCCGUGCUGCUAGACGAGUGGCUAAAGGAGCUGGCAGCCAUUGCGCUGGAGCAGAGCGUUGUGCUGGUCACAGAGCAAUUACUUUGACAACGGACAGGCCGUUAUGCAAUAGGCAAUGGUUAUUGGAUUUGUUGACGUUUAUUUAUUUAACUUUAGCCAGUUUCAAUUAUGUUUUUUAUGAAGCCUAUUAUUUGCUGUUAAAUUAUCAAUAUUGUGUUAGUGUAUAUGUGUAUUUUAACCAAUUCGUACGAACAAAGUAGCACUUUUGAACAGAUUUACCGCAAAAAGAGACAAAACAAAAACAGAAAUCACUCGUUAAUCUAUUUAGUUAAUAAGCUUAAAGUUGUAAUCGAAAAUCGUUGCUAGCUGACAAAACAGACAAGUUAAGUGUUCAAAUGUAAAAAAUUAUUCUAAUUACAAGCAAUAGGCAUAUACAUAUUAUAUGAUAUAUAUAUAUAUAUAUACACCUUUAUAUAAAAGAAAUUAGAGCAAGGAGAGGAGGAAAUUAUACACCACUGCAUACCAUUUAAAUAUGUAUACAUAUGUCUAUUUUUGCAAUAUAUAUUUUAUGCUUUUAUGUAUAUACAACAUGAAAUUAUAACAAUUUUUAACUAACGUGAAAGUAUUAAAUUGGUCCAAUUAAUUAAAACC